AUGCAGCCUAUCGCUCCCCGGCGCUCACCACCAGUAUUUCGUGCAAUUCCCGAAAAAGAACCUGUGGUAAGGCUUGAGAAAUCCAACAUCUUACUGAUAGGACCUUCUGGCGUCGGCAAGACAUUCCUCACGCAAACUUUGGCUAGAAUCCUCGAUGUUCCUAUAGCUCUAUGUGAUUGUACCUCGAUGACUCAGGCGGGAUAUGUGGGUGAAGAUGUGGAGAGUGUCAUACAGAAACUUGUACAAGCAGCUGGAGGAAAUGCGGAAAAAGCGCAACAGGGUAUUGUGUUUCUCGACGAGGUUGACAAGAUUGCCGCUGCACAUGAAGGACACUCUGUUGCAUAUCGUGAUGUGAGUGGCGAAGGUGUUCAACACGCCUUACUGAAAUUGGUGGAAGGUACUGUAGUAAAUGUAAAAAGCGGACGAAAAGGAGUAGGAGCUCAACAAGACACAGUGCAGGUAGAUACAUCCGACAUUCUCUUCGUUGCAUCUGGUGCAUUCAACAACUUGGAUAAAAUUGUGGCGCGUCGACUCGACAAGAAGAGUUUAGGAUUUGGUUAGUU